AUAGACUAUUGUUGGCUUUGGAAAACACAAGCUACGAUGGCAGAGGUGAAGCUACACGGAUUUUGGUAUAGUCCCGUUCUUUGGAGGGUAGUAUGGACCCUAAAGCUAAAGGGUAUACCAUAUGAUUACACAGAGGAAGACCGCUUCAACAAGAGUGCUCAACUUCUUAAAUACAACCCAGUGCAUAAGAAGAUUCCAGUGCUAGUUCAUGAUGGAAAACCCAUAUGCGAGUCAAUGAUCAUUGUUGAAUACAUUGAUGAGAUAUGGCCACAGAAUCCAUUGCUUCCUGCUGAUCCAUAUGAGAGAGCUAUUGCACGGUUUUGGGCUAAAUAUGCCGAUGACAUGAUUUCAGCAGUUGCAGCACUCUACCGCAGCAGUAUCGGUGAAGAGCGGGAGAAGGCCAUAGAGAAGGUGUGGGAGCAUCUAACAGUUGUUGAGGAUAACUGCUUUGGUGAUGAGAAGAAAUUUUUUGGGGGAGACACUAUUAACAUUGUUGACUUAGCUUUAGGGUCCGUUGCCAAUUUACUUUUGGUUGUGGAAGUUAUGUUUGAGGUGAAGGUCCUACAAGCUUUGAAAUUCCCUCGCCUGAAUUCAUGGUUUAAUAAUUUCAGAGAUGUCCCGGUCAUCGCAAAAAAUCUCCCUGAGCAGGAGAAAAUUGUCGCUUUUGCAUCUUCCUAUUCCUAAGAAAACGUUAGCUUUUAUGAAGAGAUAAUAAACAUUUGUAUCCUUAUGUGUAUUUCUUUAUUUACCAAUCUUGGUUUAGGUUUGUCUUACAUACUUGUAAAAGUAAUAAAAAUCUAAGCUGGUUGUACUUACUUUCAUAUUAAAU